AGAGCUAUAGAGGAGAAUACACGCGCGCCUAUGAAGUUGAUCACCACAAAACCGACUACUCGAUCGGACUGGAUUUACAAUCUUAAAAUAAUGAGGAAAAAUAACGUUUAUCUCGGGAUUUAAGCGUUUUUUUCAUUGAUGGAAAGAUUAAAAUCCCUGGGGAAAUGAGAAGCAUCCGGGAAUGGAAACAGGCAGCGAUUUGGCUGUUUGGUUUCUUUGUAUUAUGGAACAGAGUUGGAGCUCAAAUUCGCUACACAAUACCUGAGGAACUAAAGGAAGGAUUUGUUGUUGGAAACGUUGCAAAGGACAUUGGUCUGGACAUUUCAGAUAUCGCUAAUCGUAAAUUAAGGAUAGCCUCUGAUUCUAGUACGCAAUAUUUCAGUGUGGAUACAAGAAAUGGUGAGCUUCUAGUUAAUGGUAGAAUAGACAGAGAGGCACUCUGUGGACAAAGCGGCAGUUGCCUGAUGCCAUUGCAAAUUGUUGUAGAGAAUCCAUUACAGCUACAUCGUGUUGACAUAGAAAUACAGGAUAUAAACGACAAUGCACCGAAUUUUCACACAAGAGAUAAUGUAUUGAAAAUUGCCGAAUCAGUAGCUCUUGGCGCAAGAUUUCCAUUUGAAAGUGCCGAGGAUUUAGAUGUUGGUAGCAAUAGUCUCAGUUCUUAUUCUUUGAGUAAUAACGCAUUUUUCCGUUUAAAUGUGAAAAUCCUUGAAGAUGGUAAGAAAGUACCAGAACUGAUAGUUGAUAAACCACUUGAUCGAGAGAAACAGUCUGUGCACAAGCUCAUUUUAACAGCAUUAGACGGUGGUAAUCCAGUGAAAUCGGGAACUAUAUUGAUACACGUAAUCGUUGAAGAUAUUAAUGAUAAUGAGCCCAAAUUUGAGCAAUCGCAGUAUAAAGUGUCUGUGCUGGAGAGUAUUCCUUUUGGAUCAAGUGUCUUAACUGUAAAAGCCACUGACUUAGAUGAAGGACCUAACGGUAAUAUACAGUAUUUUUUCGGUGCACAUACAUCAGAUCCCGUGAGGAAAUCUUUCAAUAUCGACGCUGAAACGGGAGAAAUUACAGUGAUUGGAAAGCUGGAUUACGAGUUAAUAAAAUUAGUCACGUUUGAUGUCUGCGCAAAAGACAAAGGAAGUCCAAAGCAGGAGGGCCAUUCUUCAGUGAGGCUGAACAUUAUUGAUGAGAAUGACAACAUUCCAGAAAUUAUUUUAACAUCUUUACCAAGCCCAGUUUCAGAGAAUGCAUCAGUUGGUACUGUAGUGGCUCUAAUCAACGUAAAGGACUUGGACUCUGGUAAUAAUGGUAAAGUAAAUCUUAAUAUCUCUGGUCGCAGUCCUUUUAAACUAAAACCAGCAUUCGAUAAUCAUUAUUCUUUGGUAACUGACACACAUUUGGAUCGUGAAGUCAAUGCAGAAUACAACAUAGAAUUAGUAGCCGCAGACGCUGGUGUACCAUCCUUAAAAACUAUGAAAACUGUAAAUGUGAAAGUGCUUGAUGUGAAUGACAACCCUCCAAUAUUCUCACAAUUCUCAUACAUAGUGUAUAUAAAGGAAAAUAGCCCACCAGGUGCUUCAUUGUUUUCUGUAUCUGCGUCUGAUAUUGAUCAAGACAAGAACGCAAUACUCACAUACUCAAUUCUAGAUUCAAGUACAAAUCAAGUUCCAGCAUCAUCAUAUUUUUAUAUUAAUUCUGAGAAUGGAACAAUUUACAGCAUGAGCUCAUUUGAUUAUGAGAAAAUGAAACUGUUCAGUGUUGUAGUUCAGGCUAAAGACCAUGGCUCUCCAUCUCUGAGCAGCAACGCCACAGUUCAUGUGUUUAUUCUGGACCAGAACGAUAAUGUCCCGGCUGGUAUUUACCCCUCAACAUCCAUGGGGUCUAUUUCUCACCAGAGGAUGCCCCGUUCUGCUAAAGCAGGACAUCUUGUAACUAAAGUAACAGCAGUGGACGCUGACUCGGGUCACAAUGCCUGGCUUUUUUACAGGCUCGCAGAGGCCACGGACGCGUCUCUGUUCAGUGUGAAUUUACAUACGGGAGAGGUGAGGACUAAGCGCUCUGUUUCAGAGCAGGAUGACUCCUCACAGAGACUGCUGAUUGAAAUAAAGGAUAAUGGAGAGCCGGUGCAGUCCACCACAGUCACAGUGGAAAUACUAAUAGAGGACGGGUUUCACGAGCCCAUUUCAGACUUAAGAAAGAUCAGACCGGAAGUCGACAAGAAAACCGGCAAAAUUACAUUAUAUCUAAUCAUCUCUUUGGCUUCUGUCUCCUUGUUGUGUCUGAUGACGUUUUUCAUCUUACUGGUGAAAUGUGCGCGAGGCAGUAGAGGCAGCUCGAGCUGCUGUUUGAGUCGCACACAUUCUGGAUAUAACAAUCCCAACAGAAACCUUCAGAUCCAGCUCAACACUGACGGGCCCAUUAAAUAUGUGGAGGUUCUGGGAGGAGACAUGAUGUCUCAGAGUCAGUCUUUUGGGUCCUAUCUCUCUCCAAUGUCAGAAUUCAGUGAUUUGACCCUCGUUAAGCCUAGCAGCACCACAAACUUCACAGACACGCUAAAUGUGCUUGAUGCGUCAUUACCAGACAGCGCGUGGAUAUUCGAGAGCCAACAGCAAAAUCCACCAAACACUGACUGGCGAUUUCCCCCAAACCAGAGGCCUGGACCUAGUGGCCAACACAGGUUCCACACCUUGCAGCAGAGAUGGACUCCCUACGAGAAGUCCAGAGCUGGAGCUCGUCCUGAAGACACAGGUGCCGUUGCUGGUGUGAUUGCAGGAACAGGACCAUGGCCCAACCCCCCUACUGAUGCUGAACAGCUCCAGGCUCUGAUGGCGGCAGCAAACGCAAGUGAAGCCACUGCAACUCUCGGCCCACGCUACAAUCCACAGUAUGGCCCUGACUACCGUCAGAACGUCUACAUCCCAGGCAGUACCGCCACCCUCACGGUCAACCCUCAGCAACAGAUACCACAGCAGGCCCUGCCUCCUCCCCAGGCCCUGCCCCCCAUUGAAGCCCCCAAGUCAGCUCAAACGCCCGCCAGCAAGAAGAAGCCUAUGAAGAAAGACAAGAAGUAAGACAAGUGGAAGCACUGUCAGAGCUGCAAAAUUCUGUUCCUGGAAUCUGAGCAUCUCUCCUAACUAUAUGUCUUUUAAUCCACAAUCUUGGUUAAAGAAUGCAAAAAUCCCUAGGUUUAAAGAUAGCGUUCACAUCUGUGGUAUUCGUUGUUGUUUAUAAUUUUUUUUAUUUAUUGUGUUUUUGAUGGUACUACGGUAUCUUCAUCAGUAACCCAAGCUGAGUAUUUCUUACCCUCUUGCUUAAACGGGACCUGAUCGACUAAGCAAGAAGAGAUGCGUUCAGAUUCCAUUAGCUCUUUCUUUGACAGAUAACUGUCCUGUAAAUAGUAUUACUAAAACAAGAAGAAAACAAACAUUUCUUCUUUAUUUUUUUCAAUAUUUCAUGUUAUUGGCUUUUACGUGUUCUUUUCAGAGCAAAGUAGAUGCUUCUUGUGGUUACAAUAAUGAAAUAUUGUUAGAAUUUUUAAGGAGAUGUGCCACAACUCUCACCUUGACUGGGAAAGUAUGAGUAUUGGGCUGAACUAUGCAUUGCAAAGGAGAUAAUUAAAAAAAGAGGGAACACACUAAUAAUGAUUGAAAUUAUUUUCAGAGUAAGAGAAUGCAUUUGCAUUGUCUAAAAGUAGAGGGUGAAACAUUGGACUGUUGGCAUUGUAUUUCAACUUAAUAGCCAGAAUAUCAGAGCUGAAUGUUUGGUUAACAUAGUUUUACAUUUCAUUGUUAUUAUUUCCUGUUAGUGUAGUAUAUGAUUCCUUUGGGAUUGCAUUCAGUAAUCUAAACAGUGUUAUCAAACCUUGGAAAAGUUGGCUGAUUUCCCAGCCUUCGUAAAGUCCAUGUUAGAGAAUCUGUUGGUUCACAGUGAAUGAGGUUUUUGUAUAAUGCUUAAGGAAGUGGACUGGUGAGGUCUUUGUACACUGACUUGUGUUUAAGUUUGUCAAAACGUAAAGACAAGAUGGGAACAUCUGAUAGACUGCCAGGGAAAGAAAUGGCACAUGGUGACCAUAAUGGCUGAAAUGGACAUCAGCAAACCAAGACAGUCAAACUUUGUAUUGUUGAGAUGGCAGUUAAAAUGAGAAGCACAGAUUGAGUAAUGAUUAACUUAAGGGUCAUUCAGACUAAAUGCAUGCUUGCAUUACAAAUGCUAGAUCCAUAACACCUUAAAAGGUUUUGUUGGCAUCUAAAAAAACCCCACAGUGCUUCUGCGCCAGAUGAUUAAAAAGUUAGAUGCGGUGCAACUGUCAAAAAUGUCCAUCUGGCAACAACGCAAAAAUGUGUGUACGGUGUGAAUGGCCCCUUAGACGCUACACUGUCUUGAAUGGAUCCCACAUUGAAAAGGAAUUCUAUCCAUUGUUCUGCACCAACCUUUACCACAGUGUAUAUAAAAUGUGUAACCUGUCUUUACAAACAUUAGAGCCACAAGGGCUGGCCAUUACAGGAAUGUUUCAGUAUUUAAAAAAAAAAAAACAUAAAAAAAAAAAAAAGAGAAUAGACAAAAAGAAAGUGUAGUAUUGUAGGACAAAACGCUUCAAGAUCAUUGACUAACCAAACUGUAUAUAUUACUCAAACUUCUGAAGACACACAAUCAUAGCUUAAGGCUUGUGGAGUCAGUGCAUAUUUUUGUGUUUCCUCCCCAAUUAAACUUUAUUUCCUUUUCUCCAAUCAACUAAACUUUUAAAGAUAACAGAUGAUACUUACUGUCUUUAGAGUACCCCUCCCCACAUUUUACUGUACUUUUCUGUGCUUGUAUUUCCAAUCAGUCUGUAAUGAUACUGGAAUGCCACCCCUGUCUGACUAUGAAUAGCUAUCUAUAUAUCUAUAAAUGUCUGUCUGCUGCUUGGCUACCUUUCUGUAUUUGACUGUGAUUCCUUUUAAGAAAUGCUUAGCACCUCUUGUUACACUUUUAUUUGAUAUGCUAAUAUUUAUAUUGCUGUUGAUUUAUGUUUUACUUUAUUAUUGGGACACUUACAUUUUAAAUAAAAUUUUGUCAGAACUCAC